UCGUUCCUUCUCUUCCCCUGGGCGCUCUCUUGGAGAGAAGCUCUGGUCCGAACUCUAGCUCUGGCAUUCAUUAUCCUUCUUCGUUACCAAUUCUCUAUUUCCCCAUUUUGGUUCUUGGAAAUUCUUUUUUUCCCGUUGAUCAUCAUCUUCCGAUCUUCUAAUUAGCUUUUCUUUGACGCUUCAAUUCAACCCUUUCGUCUCCGAUUAACUUAUUUUUUCCGUCGCAAUGGCUUUUCUUUAAUUCCGGGGUUCCGGUCGUUUAGAUCUUCGAUCACAAAAACCACUCUGUACCUAAUCUUUCUUAGAUUACUCAAGAUUGCAGUUAUGGCGAUCAGAAUGACUGUCAAUUACUCCGGCUAUAUUGCUCAAAACCUUGCCUCAUCCGCCGGAAAUAGGGUAGGAAAUUGCCGGCUGGUUCAUGAGUGCGGUGGACUAUCACUGUUCUUAUUCCUCAAUCAGAAGCCUGAAGUUGAUUCCACCGCUGCUACUACUGCGAGGAACUACCGGGCUGAUUUCGUGAGAUCAAAGGCUAGAAGCUGGUCAAAGCCUUCGGUGUCGACGAAUUGUUCUUUUGCCGGCGAAAAAAUCAACGAUAACUGUGGUUCUGCUUUUGUUGUGGGCCUGAUUUCGAUGAUGAAGUCGUCCGCCUGCGUUUCCAGUACGGGGAUUUUUGGGAUUUCAUCCUCGUCAAUGCUUGGAUUUAAAUCAUCUUCCUUCUUCCCCUUUUUGCGGGGGACCAAAUGGUUACCCUGCAACGAAUUCUUUCAGGGUCCUUCCACAAAUGACAUAGAUGAAGGUGGAACACAUUAUUGUGAAUCCUGUGAUGGUGAAGAUAAUAAUGUGGACUCUAUAAAUGUCUCAAGAGGUUUAAGUAGAAACUCUGUAGAAAGUAGCAGGUGGCUUUCUCGGUUGGUGAAUUCUUGUUCUGAGGAUGCUAAGGCUGUGAUUACAGCUUUGACUGUUUCAUUUUUGUUCCGGUCUUCCUUGGCAGAACCAAGAUCAAUUCCAUCACGUUCCAUGUAUCCAACUCUUAAUGUUGGGGACAGAAUUUUAGCUGAGAAGGUUUCAUAUUUGUUCAGAAAGCCUGAUAUUGCAGACAUUGUGAUCUUCAAGGCUCCUCCUAUCCUUGAGGAAAAUGGCUUCAGUUCAGGAGAUGAGUUCAUCAAAAGAAUUGUAGCCAAGGAAGGGGACUUUGUUGAGGUCUGUGAUGGAAAAUUGGUGGUCAAUGGUGUUGUCCAAGAUGAAGAUUUUGUACUAGAACCACUCGCAUAUAAAAUGGACCCAGUGCUCGUUCCUGAAGGUUAUGUAUUUGUGAUGGGUGACAAUCGCAACAACAGCUUUGAUUCUCAUCAUUGGGGUCCUCUUCCUAUCAAAAACAUUGUGGGUAGAUCGAUGUUUCGCUACUGGCCGCCUCCAAAAAUGGCCGACACUAUUUAUGGAGCUCCUGCGGAGCAGAAUGCUGUGGCAGUUUCUUAAGUCAUGAACCUUUUCUUCUGUUAUGGUGGAAGGAUUUUUCAGCCCGGCAAUUGCUUAGGGGGAGUGUUUGCAAUCACUUCGUCCUAAAAUGACACAGCCAUUCUUUUGGAGCUGUACAGCUUUGGUGUUCUCUACUGUUUUGUGCUUCAUGAACUGGGUUACGCUUUUGAUGCUAUGUGUGUUACCAUCUCCAUUUGUAUUCCAAGUCUAUGUGGUUGGAGACAUCUUUUCAUGUUGGCCAAAGGAGGUCCAGAAUGAAUUCUACAGACCACAAGUGAAAAAGAUGGUUGGGCAGUCUUCUUGUUCUGAUUUUACAAAGUUUACUUCUAGCUUUUGAAGAUAUAAUUGUGGUGGAUCAAGUUAUAUUCUUUGGGAAGUUAUAUAAUUGUGAUGGAUCUUUUAGAUCCUUAAGAUUGGGCUAUCCGGAAUAAAAUUCUCCUAUUGAAAUCAGCUGGGAUUGGUCUGAAAGUGAUCAGAAUCGAUGGGAAUCAGUUGGAUCAAUCAACCUGUUAAUUUAUUUAUUUAUUUUUUUCUACCACAAAUGUAAGGGAAUAUUCACAGUGAAAGCUAUUUUCUGUUUUCCUUUUCUCUAAA